ACGCGCACUGGCUCCCACACUCGCUGGAGAGGGAAAAUAGCGCCCGUCGGACUGCAACCGUGACUCACCGGGGAAAAAAAAUGUUUCCUCCGCCGCCCUUCAUCAACACUAUCGAUGUCUGCAAAAGUCAUGUGAAGGGAUCCACAACAUAUGAGGACUCGAGUUUUUUCGACUAUUAAACUUGUUUCAGAGGAUUGUAAACUCCGAGUGAUUAAUAAGCCACAGGAAUUGAAGUUAACAUUGGACAGGUGCAGAAAAUGGCGAGACGGCUCUUGCAGCUCUUGGCCCUGUGGACUACUGUUAUUGGCAUUGUGCAGUGCUGUCCAGAGCUCUGCACCUGCCAGGAUAAACUUUCCCACCAAUUUGCUGACUGUGCUUACAAAGACCUGCUGGUGGUACCUGUGGGUCUCCCCUCCAACGUUACCACUGUGAGCCUUUCUGCCAAUAAGCUCAAAUUACUGAAAAGUAAAAGCUUUGUCAACAUCACACAGGUCACCUCUCUCUGGCUGGCCCACAAUGAGAUAGUUAUCUUAGAGAGGGACACCUUGGCUCCGCUGAUCCAGCUCCGCAAUCUGGACAUCAGCUACAACAAAAUUGUGAACUUUCCGUGGGAGGAUCUGCGCAACCUCACAGCCCUGCAGCUUCUGAAAAUGAACAACAAUGAGAUGGUGAAUCUUCCAAAGGAUGCCUUUUCCACUCUCAAAGAACUGAGGUCGCUGCGCAUCAAUAACAACAAGUUUACCACCAUUGUGCAGGGUACCUUCAGUGCUCUCUUCUCCUUGUCCCACCUUCAGAUUUACACCAACCCCUUCAAAUGCUCGUGUAGCCUGGAGUGGCUGAGGGAUUGGAUCACAACAACUAAGAUUUCUGUCCCAGAGCCAAAUUCAAUUUUAUGCGCUGCCCCUGAACACCUGAAUGGCAUAAAGGUUACAAAUAUUCCCAAAUUGGACUGUCAGGCCCCUACUGUCACAAUAACAUACCAGCCCAACAUUGAGAACACAGAGCUCUACGAGGGUUUCACGGUCAUCUUAAAUUGUGUGACAACAGGGGACCCCAAACCACAGGUCAGCUGGGUGGUGGCUGCAGGAAAUCAAAAUUAUCUGUUCCCGUUGCCCACUGUUGGAGAGACAAAUGAGGUGCCAAUUAAUGAUAAAACAACCAACAAUCGAUUCCUCGUCUUUAGAAACGGCACUCUCAUCAUCCCUCGCAUGAGUAAAAAGGAAGAUGGAAAUUACAGCUGCUCUGCGGUGAAUGAUUUAGGUAAAGCAGAGAGCAGUGUUAAAGUGGUUAUGGCAGGCACCCAAAAACAUGCCGGCGACUCAAAGCCCGAUUCUACAGUGGACAGGAUCCGACCAUCGGUUAAAAAACCAGAGCCCAAGACCUCUAAAAACAAUAUGAUCAACUGGACCAAGCCUGAAGAAAAGACAAAGGGCAUUACUGAAGGGUCGUCAGACAAAGAGCAGGUUGGUGGUGGUACGAAGGGCCCCACCUUUGCGAGCAAGUGCGGCGUAAGAGAAAGCAGUGAAUACAUCUCCAACCAUGCCUUCAACCUGAGCUUGGAUGACCUGAAGCAGUACACUUUUGAUUUUGGUGUUAUUGCGUUAGAGGUGUCAGAGACGGAGGCCAAAGUGCAGCUGAAUCCACUGCAGCUUCCCAACAGCAAAUCUAACCUUCAUCUCAGUCAGACUGAAAACCAGGAAACAGUGAACAAAGAGCCCAUGGGUCUGUUCCAGUCCUCAUCUGGUAAAGCCACCUUGGACAUGCUCUACCUCUGUGUAAAUACAGGUAAUGGACACUCCAUGGUUCAGUGGUCCAACAUAGAGGAGGGGGUUAAUGCCUACCGCUUCCACGGUUUACAGCCUGGCACCAAUUACACACUUUGUCUCACCUAUGGGGGGCAGGACUGCCAAGUGCAAGUAGUUUUCACAACUAGGAAGAAGAUCCCCUCCCUGCUUAUCAUAGUGGUUGUGAGCAUUUUCCUACUGGGUCUGGCUACUGUUCCCUUACUGGGGGCCACCUGCUGCCAUUUGUUAUACAAGUACCAAGGGAAGACCUACAAGCUGAUCAUGAGGGCUCAGAAUCCGGAUCAGAUGGAGAAACAAAUGGCUGGAGAUUUUGAUCGCAGGACGUCUUUUGUGGAGUCUGAGAAAACCUUCAACCCCAGCGAGGGGGAGGGAGAGGUCGAGGGAGAGGAUGGAGACGGAGAGGGGGAGGCUGAUGGGAGCGUGGUGACAGAGUCUAUCCCCGGAUCCUCGUCCAAAACCAACCAGGAGGAGUUUGAAGUGGGCUCGGAGUACAGUGACAGGUUACCGCUGGGAGCAGAGGCAGUCAACAUCUCGGAGGAGAUCAACGGCAACUACAAGCAGCCAAGCCGCUGAGCUCCGCUGAUGUCUGCGACUGUAUUGUAAAUUAUUUUACUUUCAAGUAGCCUACAUUCAAGCAGGUAACUCACCCACCAUUACUACACGUGAAAAACAGAUUGCGUCAGAUAAAAAAAGGUGGAUCUUUUCAUUUUUUUACCUCAGAAAGUACUCCGUCAGUCACUUGAGAUUGUGAAUUGAUUCGUGUGACAUAUGUAGUCUGCUGUAAGGUUAAAACCUACGUUUACGGUGCAAGCACAGCUUUAUACAGUGUACCAGACCUCAAAACUGACAGGAAAACAGCAAAAUGUCACUUAUCCGCAGGACACACACCAGAUGGGCAUGUGCGCAAAAUGUGCAAAUGGCGAGGCGCUCCAGAUUUUCGUGUAAUUGAAGGGAAUAAAAAAAAAAUCGAUAAAAAUCACCGUUUUGGAGAGCACAAAAAACAAGCAAAAAACAAAUAACCUUAAACUAAAACAAACCAAAAAGUGCCAUAUGUUUUAAAGCCAUUUUAAAAUAAAUAUUAUCAGGGACUAAUUGUUCUUUCUGCUGCGUGCGUCUGUGCAAGGAUGUGGAUGAGCCUCAUCUAAAACCGGCCAGCUCUCAUCAUCUUCUCAGGUGUCGGUACCUCGUCCACGGAGCAGUUGCCGCAGAUUUGGAUGAUGAUAUUUGAUUAAAUGAUACCAGAUGCACAUAUUUGGUUUCAGUCAUAUUGCGCCAGACCUGCCUGUUGUCCAUGUGAGUCCAAAAGGGGGUACAUUUCACUUCCAACUGUGUUGUGCUUGACGGGAAAUUCCAGGUUAUUUACCAACAAAAUGUUGUUUGACGUAAUGUUAAGGCUUUAAAAUGUCAACGGGUGCUUGCUUUAUUCUCGCUUUUUACAAUGAACGUGUCCCAUGGCAUGUCACACGUAUUUCCUUGUGUGGUUUUUAUUAGUGUAGUUUAGAUGUUACUGUCAACCUGUGAUGUAAAGCCACGUGAAUUGAAAUCAUGCUUCUUCUUUUUUUACGAGGGUAAAUAAGUAAGUUUUUAUGAAGCCUCGACUAAAGGGCGCCUGUGAGCGUCCGGCGGCUUCACUGUCUUGUAAUUUGAUGCAUAUAUAGUGAGUUUUUUGUGAACUGUUGUAAAACGAAACGAAAAAUGCGUGAGCGUUUAAGAUUUUUUGAUAUAAUUUUAUGUAAGUGGAAUUAAUAAAACAUAUUAAACUA